UAUUAGUUUGGCCAAUAAAGCAAUACUUUAACGCGUGCUGCGGUUGGUCCUACCAUUCGGUCUUUGAUGAGAUGGCAGCAAAGUAUUUCCGUUUCGUCCUGAUGAUACUGUUGCUUUCCACAACGGUGGCCAAGAAGAGGAUUUUACAGAAGCGAAGUUUUUCCGUACUGGGCUGUAUGGGAACUUACGACAAGGCCAAGUUUGCUCGACUGAAUCGAAUAUGUGAAGAAUGUUACAACCUGUACAGAAUUCCAAGUGUGCAAGAAGACUGCAGGUCCAACUGCUUCAAUAACGACAUGUUUCCGGAUUGUGUCUCUGCCUUGUUGCUGGGUCCUGAACAGCAAAAGUUCGACUCUUUCGUACAAUACUUGUAUGGAAAAAAGAAAUAACUAGCCAAUCCUGAGAAUAGCCCCGCCCUAACUUCUAAUAGCGUUAUGAUAUCAAUGUCCGUCUUUAUUUAAGCCACGUCCAUUAUCGUUUAUUUCAUUCCAUUGUUGUUGUUGUUUUUUUCUUUUAGAAUUGCUUUUACUGUAAUUCUAGUGCUGUUGUUGUAUUGCAAUGUGUCGAGACAUUUAUUUAUUUAUUUAUUUGAAACCUUGAACACUAAAUAUCUGCUAACGACACAGGAGAAGAAUGGACGUAUUUAAAGAAUCGGGAGAAAAUGUCGGAAUGAUGAAAUGAUAGUGUGUAUUCCAGAUAUUAAAGAAAACAUACGAGUAGUAUCCAUAUUAAUUUAUUAAUAUGUUUGUGCCUAAUUCUUCCUUUUUAUUGUACAGUGGUAUACCAGUCGAUGACGGGUUGACAAAAAUAAAGUUUAAUUAUAAUUAAAA